CUGAAACUGAGGCUGAUGCUGACGAGGCUACGGCUUGGCCAACGAUAACCCAAUCACGAGCAUAAACACGCGACUGUACACUUAAUCCGCUCCACAGUCACACAAGGCUUUAGCAUUUGCGCGUCUCAUCAAGUCAAUCAACGGCAAAACUCCAAACACAAUCAAUUGUAAUACUAGUCGCUAUUAUUUUUACUUUAUCGGCCGAAAACAUUAACGCCUCGUACCCUCCAUACAUCACGUAUGUACUUCCUGGAUCCUCUACGGCUAGCAUCCCGUCCCGUGUCCCUCAAGAAAGGGGGCGCACACCAAGGCGUCGUCAAGCGCCAGCCUCACGACAACAACUCAGACUAACAAGAUUUCGCAGGUCGCCUUUGUUUCCUAAACCGAACACUUUCUUCAACCUAAACUUAACACAAGAUGGCCGACGCUCACGUUCCCAAGGCAGAGUCUCCCGUCGCUCGGGAGAAGCUCGAGGCUCAGAUCAAGUCCGCCGACAUGGUGAGAUAAUCCGACAUACGUACCGAUAUUCCGGACGCGAUCGCUGACGAGAGAGUGACAAAGACGGAGGAUAUGCAACAGGAGUCUAUCGAAGUUGGUAUGGGGAGUCCAUGACAGUUUUGCGCCGGCGGCAGGAAGACGAGGCUGACGUGACGAUAGCCCAGGAAGCCAUGGCCAAGUUCACCAUUGAGAAGGACAUCGCACAGCACAUCAAGCGCACAUUCGACGAGCGAAAGGGACCAACCUGGCACUGCAUUGUUGGCCGAAAUUUCGGUAGCUUCGUUACCCACGGUUCGUCAAACCCAACCCGCCGAUUUCCGACUCCAUAGCCCCGGGCACGGCUGGCUGGCUAACACGCUACGCAGAGACCAAGCACUUUAUCUACUUUUACCUCGGCCACUGCGCAAUUCUACUAUUCAAAACGCAAUAGGCAUGGGAGAAAUGGCUCACCGGUGGGGGCCUUUGGAAGAGCUUGCUGUAGCGAGAGGGACGGGUGUGGUAGGACAAGAAGAAGGCAAAGACAAAAGCAAAAGGCAGCGAGGCAACACGAUGGCUGCUGACUGCUGUAUCGUCCACCCUACCCUGCUGGAUCUGCCUCUAUGUACGAGACGGACGGUCGUGGAGCUUGCGGCUGUACUAGGUUCAUGAUCAAUAAUGAGGGGCGCUCGCCCAGUUUUUCCAAAUCCUUCCGUUCCUGGCCCAGCCUGAUGUUGGGAAGUUUGUUGAUGGGGGUGGCUGGUCAGCCGUGACGGGCUGCCAAGGUGUGCCUGAUGCAAGGCUGUUGGUUUUUAGUUUGAGAUCGGAGAUUCUUGCAGCCUGGUGUGUCGUGUUCCUGAGACAUAACUGUCACUGUCAGACAUGUCGGUCAUCGUUCGAUUUCUUCAAGGCUGUCACUGAUGAUGCUGUUGUUGGAAUAGGCUCGAGUCAGAGAUGUCACUGGCAAUAGCAAUCGCCGAUCAUGCACGAUCUAGUUAACCGUCCGAUCAACAGCCUCGACGAUCCACCUCUAAUCAGUUCACGUGGUCUCGAAGAGGCUACCAGACUCUUACCUUACUGUAGAUGACAAGGCGCGGCCCCAGAAGGAUUUACUUACCCGAUUACCCACGGCGGGCAGUCUAAGCAGCGUAAGCGACGGCACACCCGUCAAAGGAUGGCAGAUGGGGCCUUUGGGAUCGAGACAAAGUCAAAUGCCUCGUCCGUCUUUGCCAAGUCGGUCCUGAAGUUCCGCUAGCUAUCACAACUCAUAUCAACUCUUUAAGUGACUGAAGCUAGAGACACUUUCGGAACGGAGGCGGGGCUCCAUAUAAUCGACGCCCUCUCGUUGGUAUUGGCGUUGGCGUGGGGGUGGGCGUUUAUCAAGACGACGGAUGAGGAGGGUACGCUUACAAUUACAGUUACAGGUACAGGAACAGAACAUGAACAGGACGAGUUGAUUCCCCUCUUUGGGGGGAAAGUCUAAAGAGAGGAUUUGAGGAUUUGAGGCUAGUGUGACGGGUAAGAAGUUGAUGUGUCAUAACCGUGAGAACGCCAUUGAGUAAAUGGAAGAUCUUGGCUCAUGAUGAAAAGUGAAGAGUCAGAAACUCUAAUAGCAGGGGUACAGUAUGAUGUUAUCACAGUCUAAGUGUAAGUGCAAGAUCAUCAGGCACUAUAACAAUGACCUCAGACAUGGAGAAAUUAAGUAAUUGGCUUAGAAGACUGGAAUUGAUCAACGUCUGG